AUGCUCAGACAAUCUCGCUCUGAUAUAACUCAGCUCCUUCCCAAUGGCCGCCUUUCAGAAACUAUUCCUAAGGCGAAGCAGUUCUAUGAAGAUGAGAGAAGGUUAUUGGCGUACGAUCAGGUCGAGUACUUCUGUACAUCCAUCUUGAAGGAUAUAUCUGUUUUACAUCAUCAAAGUGAUGUUCAUCUGUUACCAGACGUAACUAAAGAAGCAAUGGCCGGACUUAUAUUUGCUGCAUCAAGGAUCGGCGAGCUUAAUGAGCUUCAGUACAUAAGGUGCAUGUUCGUUGAGAGGUUUGGGCUUCAGUUUGACAAAGAAUGUGUAGGUUUGCGCCGAGGAAACGUCGUUGGUUCUGAGAUAGUCAAAAUUCUAGACACCAAAUUGCCGCAAGACGAGAUUACGAACAUUGUAAUGGAACUUUCCCGAAAGCACCAAACCAACAUCACUACUUCUGCGGAUUCAGUAAGUGAAGAUCCUGAUGCUGAGAAGAUGGAGAGAAUGAAAAGCGUUGUUAGGAGAAUGUUGCUGCAAUCAAAUCUUGGAGAAUCCCCCCAAGCAAGAGAUGGAUCAUUCAUGAGAUAA